GUCUCGAUACAUGUACCUUCGCUGUGAAGCACAUGUAUAUAGACAUUCCUUCCCAAGAUCAAUCCAUAAAUGCCAUCUUAGCAAGUUCAAGCGCCGCGACAUACCUAACCUACGCAGCCAUGCGAUCACCGCCACGUUCUCCCCACCAUACCUCACAACCCAACGCGUGCGCCCUCGCGACGUCUCCCUCAGCCCUAAACUAGGCAUAAUACACGCCCCCAACACGACAAAGAAAUGACCACCACAAAUCUAAAAGAAGACUUCUACCGCCAAUUCCAGAAAGAUGUCGCAGACCUCAGCGCGCAGAUAUCCUCCCUCCCCUCCACCCCACCCGCAAGCGCCACCCGCACCGAAGCAAUCGACGCGUGUCUCGCAGGCAUCGACCGCCUCUCACACGAUGUAAAAGACGCGUCGAGUUAUCUGCCAGGGUACGACCAGCGGACGUAUAGCGAAACGAUAAAAUCGCUAUCUGAACAGUUGCAGAAUAUCCGGAAUACUUUUUCUCCCCCCAAGAAAUUCAGCUUCAAGAAUCGGAAGAAAGAUGCUGCGGUCGCAGAGCCAGCAGCUCAUGUUACUCAGAAGACAACGGACGAGCAGGAUACUACGACUACGACUACGCCGAUUGCAGUCCCAGAACAACCUUCAACGCUCUCUCAUAAAUCCUCCACCCGUAUCACACUGCCACCCCCCUCCUCCAACGCCUCCUCGGAACACACCACCUCCUCACCAACCCUCUCCCACCUAACCAAGUGCAUCGUCGACCUCUCGCCCGCCACACAAAACGGCACCACCCCCUUCGCCGCCCUGUACCUCCGCGAAAUAUCCCACUCGCUCAUAAUAUGCGGCCAGGUCGCUGGCGCAAUACACAUAACAGAUGUCUCGGAUAGUGUGAUAGUGACGGCGUGUCGGCAGUUUCGUAUGCAUGGGAGUAAGAAUGUGGAUGUCUAUUUGCAUAGUUCGAGUCGGCCUAUCUUUGAAGACUGUGAUGGGUUGAGGUUUGCGCCUUUGCCUGGGGUUUAUAUGACACCGGAUAUGGCCCAGUCGGACAAUCAGUGGGAUCAGAUUGAUGACUUCAAGUGGCUCAAGGCGGAACCAAGUCCACAUUUCACCAUCCUUCCCAAAGGCGAGCGUGUUGCUGAUGAGGUCUGGAGAGACAAAGUACAUAGUGGUGAUGAUGUGGGCUUGCAUGAUAUCCUCAAGGCCGUUGGUGUGCGGUGA